GCCGGGAAGGCCGUGGUGCCCCCGGAGGGGAAGAAGCAGAAAAGGGGGGGCCUCGAGAUGAAGGAGGCCCAGUUGUUAUUGUCGAGGAGCAUUCCUCCUCCGAGCCCCCGGUCCAAGCCCCCGGGCUGGCAUGGCCCCAAGAUAAUGUGCAGUUCUCCAUUACCAAGGGGGCUGCCAUUAUGCAUGCGACGUUGAACCCGAGGGAGUUCUUGAGGGGUGCCACCCCCCGACGGAUAAGUCUGUGCUCUCCCGACAAGCCAAUGAUGCCCUCUGUUCCAAGAUCCUUCAGGCCUCGGUCACUGCAAGCCUCGGCCUUGGUGAACUCACCCAGAGGAUGGAACGUUAUGCCCUUCAGAAGCAGAAGGAUGAUGAAGCCUUGGCUGUGGCCCAAAGGCGGCUUUGGGAGGCAGAGGAGGCUUCCAGAGUUGAGAGGGCGGCCUUCGAAAAAAUCCUUGAAAAUGCCAAGGUACUGGCAAAAGCCGAGGGGAGGGCUGAGGCUGAGAAGGCAGCCGCUGAGUCCGCUAAGAAGGCUGCUGAAGAUGCCGAGAUUGCCAAGAAGGAGGCGGUGGGGGAAGCGGUGGCCGCCUUCGUCGCCGAGGUAUGGAAAGUCGAGGCCCAGAAAGCGUGGGUGGCUGCGGUUGUUGAGGCCUCCAUAGAGGAAUGGGUGAGAGGCCCCGGGGUGAUGUGGCUGGCCCAGAAGGGGAAAGAAUAUUAUGAUGGGAGUGAGUACUUCACUCAAGCCCUCAUCUACCGGAGGCUGGCCAGGCAUCUGGGAACAGACCCGUCAGCAUUUGACCCGGAGGCUUAUGGGCUCCCCCCUCUUCAGCCAGACACCAGAGUUCCCCUCCCCGAGGGCAUUGACAGGCCAGAUCUCGAGGACACCGUCCUGAUGGCGGAAUGUAGUGACGAAGAAGAAGAUGUUGUGGGUGAUGCUACGUCGAAGCCUGCCGACGGAGGCGAUGCUGCUGUCAAUGAUGAUGUCGUUAUUGUGUAGUCUUUAAAAAAUUCUUCUCCUUUUUUUUGUAACGAACAUGUACA